UCCAGAUUGUGUGUGAGUCAACAAAAUCCCCAAAUUUGGAUCUAGGGUUUUGGAAUUCUCUUCCUCUUCUUCCCUCAAUCCCCUUUCGAUUUUUAACUCCUAAUUCUGAUACACUGAAGCUCUUGAUAUAUUUGUGCCACAAAGAUGCCUCAGAGACACUCAAAGAACAACAACGAUUUAGCGUUCUUCACCUACGAUGAGAAGCGCAAGUUAGGGUACGGUACGCAGAAGGAGAGGCUCGGCAAGGAUUCGAUCAAGCCAUUCGACGCGUGUUCUCUUUGUCUGAAGCCUUUGGUAGAGCCCAUGUCCUGCUCCAAGGGUCAUGUUUUUUGCAAAGAGUGCAUUCUCGAAUGCCUCCUAUCGCAGAAGAAAGAUAUUCAGAGAAAGCUAGCAGCCUAUGCUGCGCAGGAAAAGCAAGAAAAGGAAGAGGAGGAGGAGAAACUACAGAUGCAAAAGGCUAGAGAGCUUGAUGCAUUUGAUCAACAGAACCACGGGGCAGUGCCUCAGUUCAACGAUAAGAACUACAGGAAUGAUAAGAAUGGCUUCCAUGGAGCUAACAGUGUCAAAGCCACAUCAUACGAAGAGGAAGCUCUCCGAACCAUGAAAGCAUUUUGGCUGCCUUCCGCAACACCAGAUGCUCCUAAGAAAGUAGCCGCACCAUCAACAGACACUACUUGUCCUGAAGGAAAGGAAAAGCUCAGAUUGAAAACGCUCUUUGCCAUCCGCUUCACAGAAGACACCAGCGAGCAGAAACACGCAACCUCCAUCGACAAGACCUACAUCUGCCCCAGCUGCAAAGUGACGCUAACCAACACGCUCCCCCUCGUAGCCUUGAGUUCUUGCGGACAUGUCUUCUGCAAGAAAUGUGCGGAUAAAUUCAUGGCGGUCGACAAGGUUUGCCUGGCCUGCGACAAGCCGUGCAAAGAGAGGCAUCUCGUCAACUUGGCGAAAGGCGGGACCGGAUUCGCGGGCCACGACGAUCAUCUUGAAGCAACAGAUUUCAAGCAUCUUGGAAGUGGUUCUGGGCUAGGGCUUGUAAGACCUGCCUCAAAAACCUAAGAUUGAUCGAGUUUAUACCCAACCAAACACAUUGUUGUUACCAAAUACCAACCAUCUUUUGUUGUUUCAUUUGACCUAAAUUGUAAUAUUACAUGUGGUUUGAGUGCAAUCGAUUAUUCUUAAAUGUUUUCUGUGACAGCCGA